CCCAUGUGACUUUCUCUGCUCCUGUCUCAGCUCUCGCAAAAGCUCACCCGCGUACACACCGCUUCCUCCAUUUUCGCGCUUCUUUUGCGCUUUCUCUCUCAUUACUCUUCGCUUCCGUCUUUCUCUCUCUAUAUAAAACCCUAAAAUUCACAGAGAAUGUAAGAAAAUUUUGCAGAGAAAUCUCUCAAUCUCUCUCCAGAUCUUUUUCUCAGAGAGGGAGAGAGAGUUUGGUGUCCUUUAAUGGCUUCUCUUCGUUUGCGGUAUCUGUUCUGAUACUCCCAGAGCUUUGGCCGCAGAUGAAGCUUGUCGUUGCUCAGAUCGCUUUAGUUUUUCUAAUCAUCAGUUAUGCCAAUCCGAUUCCAGCUGUUUUUUGCAGCUCUAAUGAAAACAUCGAUGGUUAUGAGAAGCUAAUCAUAGGAGAAGAGAAUACAGCUCCAUGGAGUGGUUUUAUGCAGUUUGCGGAAGCGCCGGGGCCUGCAAAUGGCAGAUCUGCUGACACACUUGUUUUGGCAGCAGAGAAGACGAACAGACCGGAUAUCCUUAAUGGCUUCAAACAUUAUCGAGGCGGCUGGAACAUUUCUAAUAGGCAUUACUGGGCUUCUGUUGGAUUUACAGGUUCUGUGGGCUUUAUUCUUGCACUACUAUGGUUCGUGUCUUUCGGCUUGGUUCUUGUGGUACAACAUUGUUGUCGAUGGAAGAUAAGCAUCAAAGACAAAGGAACCCACCUUCCACAUAAGAUCUGUCUUAUAUUGCUACUUGUCUUCACAUGUGCUGCAGCGGUUGGAUGCAUUCUUCUUUCUGUUGGGCAAGAUGAAUUUCAUGACAAGGUGUUUGAUACUCUGAAAUAUGUUGUGAAUCAGUCUGACUACACUGUGCAGACUCUCAGAAAUGUCACAGAUUUUCUAUCUAUUGCUGAGACUAUAAAUGUGGAUGAAGUUUUUCUCCCAUCAAACGUCAAGGACGAAAUUGACAAGUUGAAUGUGGAUUUAAAUACUGCAGCGAAUACUUUGACAGAGAAAACAAGUGAAAAUUCUGGAAAAAUAAGAAAAGUCUUCAAUGCUGUGCGAUCAGCAUUAAUCACUGUGGCAGCAGUGAUGCUUGUCCUGGCUCUUCUAGGUCUUUUGCUUUCUGUACUUGGUCACCAACAUGCUAUUUAUAUAUUCAUCUUGAGUGGAUGGCUUCUUGUGGCAAUCACUUUCAUUAUUUGUGGAGUUUUUGUGGUUCUUAACAAUGCAAUUUCAGACACUUGUGUGGCCAUGGGAGAGUGGGUGGACAAUCCUCAAGCAGAGACAGCACUGAGCAGCAUCCUUCCUUGUGUUGAUAAGAAUACCACAGACAAGACCCUGGUACAAAGUAAAGAAGUCAUUAGCCAGCUCGUGAAUAUUGUGAACACAGUGAUAUACACUUUUCCCAACACAGACCCUCCUCCUCAAGCUACUCCUUUUUAUUUCAAUCAGUCUGGACCUUUGAUACCACCUCUUUGUUCCCCUUUUGACUUAAAGCUGCAUGAUCGCCCUUGUGGAUCCAUAGAAGUAUCCAUCGCAAAUGCUUCUUCGGAAUGGAAGAAAUACAUAUGCACGACAUCGGCAACUGGAAUCUGCACAAGUGUUGGGAGGCUUACACCGAACCUGUACAACCAGUUAAUGGUGGCUGUGAAUGUGAGCUAUGCCCUUGAUCACUAUGCACCGACAUUGCUCGACUUCCAGGAUUGCAAUUUUGUCCGGGAUACGUUCAGGCACAUCACUUCGGACUAUUGUCCUCCAGUUGAUCAUUACCUCAAGAUAAUUAAUGCAGGGUUGGGGCUUAUUGCAGUGGGAGUCAUGCUUUGCCUUGUCCUCUGGAUUCUCUAUGCAAACCGCCCCCAAAAGGAGGAAGUGUUUGUGAAGUUUUCUCUACCAAUAAAAGCUUUAGAAUGCAUUUGCAAGAAGAGCAGUGGGAACAGAGACGAUAGUAAUAGCAAUAACAACACAUCAAGAACUGGUGAAGCCAUUGUAUAGAUCCCACGAUUGUUACGGUAGCAGUAAGUAGUAUUAUAAGGUAGCUUUCUCUAGUUAAAGAUCAGCCCCCCUUGUCAGCGAUUACCCUUGUGGGGCGAAGCUCCUCAUUUUUGGGUUUUGGGAUACAAUUAUCCUCUUGGGGAGGUGUUACCUUAACCUGGUUCCUAUGUAAAUAUUUAUACAAAAUAUCAAAAAGUUUCUAUCCUUUAGUAAAAGCAAAUCAUUUAUUGUGUUUA